AUGUCGUCCCCGUCAAAUAGAACAGCUUCGAACCCUCUGAGCCCAGCGGCAGAGUAUGUCCCCUUCUUUCGCAUCUUACCAUACCGCUGUUGUAACACCGAUAGAGCACCGUCCUCCUCAUCCUCCUCGCUCUCUUCGCCGCCGCCGUCGACACCCUCUUUCUCCAUCGCCCCCCGGCUGGCCUCCUCUCCCGAAUCCCCAUACGAAACACUCAACACCAUAACCACCCUCAGCGCCCAACCCCGCUCGCACUUACGAGCCUCAGAGCAAGGGGACGACUUCUACGAAAGCGCCUCAGCCCUCAUGCAAGUGCUUCAAACCAUCCACAUUCUCACAGACCAGCCGCUCCCCGACCAACCCGACAUCCUUCUCCUGAACGAAACCUACCGCGAGAACUUCGGUCUCAACAUCCAACUCCGCGUCGCCUUCUCGGAGAUGGGAAUGGGGAAGUUCGUGGAAGCUAGAGUGUCGGAUGCGCUCGUGUUGGCGGAGAUGAAUAGGGGGCGUUUUUACGUUUCGCAGGAGGCGAGGGACUGGGUGAGGGAGAUUGGGGAGAAGUGGAGGAGCAAGUGGAGAUUGGCAAGGGUGAUGCUUCGGCUGUUCAUGCGUAGUGUGUGA